GUCAUGCAAUAAAGCUGUAGCCCAUGUUAUUUAUCUGCCAUCGAGUUUAUGAAGCUUAAUGAAGUACAUGAAAACCUUUGAUUUCCAUACAACAAAGUCAAAGUUACACUCACGACGAUUGAGUAACACCAUAGAAAGUCACUGACCGGAAUCUGCUUUAAAUGUUACCAGAGAUUAUGCUAUCAAAAUGUUCUCUGUAAGUCAUUGUGUAAUAAAUGUUUAUCGAGUGAAGUACAUAGAGUAACGGUGACAUGUAAAUGAAAUAAGUAAGCAUGGCAAACGCCAGUGAGUUUCGGAUAUGUAACAGAAAACGAGUAGGCCAGAAUCGACCCUUUGCUGACAUCUUCGAUGGACGGUCGGACAGCGGGCGACCGGAUGUGGAGACCAACAGCGAGAAUGACAGUAGCUCGGAAUAUGAUACAGAUUUAGAUGACAAUGAGUUUAGCCUGACACAGAGUGAAGAGGGCAGACAACGACAAAAUGAGGAGAAAAACGAGGGUGUGGGUCACUUGACAUACACGAGCACGUGCCGGGAACUGGGAACCGUCCCAAGCCAGCGAGUGGCGAUGGAGCUGCGACGGCAUAUAAUGAGGCUGCAACACAUAGGCCUCAACACGGACCAGUGCCGCGCUCUCGCAUGCGCACUCCUUCACAACACGAGGGUUCGGGUCCUGGAUCUGGAAGACACGGGACUCACGAGUGACGGACUCGUAGUCCUUCUUAACGCUCUUCGUAGUAACGCCAAUAUUACCAGCCUAAGCCUGUGUGAGAAUGUGGUGGACGGUGUUGGUGCGCUGGCCCUCGUGGACGUGCUCCGGGACACUUCCUGUCUGACCCACCUCAGUCUCUCCGGCGCGCAACUGGGUGAACGAGAGAUGGAUUGUAUCGCCUCCGGUUUCCAGGUGAACUCCACGCUGGUCUGGCUUGACCUCAGCCACAAUAACAUUUCCUUAGGAGGAGCUAAGAAGUUGGGUCGUGCUUUAGGUGACAUGCGGACAUUACAGUAUCUGGACGUCAGCUGGAAUCACAUCCGGUUGGAGGGCGCCGUCGGCCUUCUAAAGGGCAUCAAGAUAAGCACGUGUCUGGAGCACGUGAAUCUGGCGAUGAACGGGCUCGGGUUCGAGGGGUCCCUGCAGCUGGAACCCACACUGCUCGAGAACUCAUGCCUCCGCUAUCUCGACGUCAGCCACAACCGCAUCAACUGGGAGGGCGUCUCGUUCGUCGCCAAGGGACUCCGGAAGAACGCCACACUCCGGGUCCUGAAGAUCGGCCACAAUCCUAUCAACAUGGAGGGCUGUUACGAACUGCUCAAGGCGGUCGCCGUCCGCCGCAGUCGAGUCAUACACAUUGGUCUUGAGAACAUUCCUGUGAACGGCGCAGUGCUGACGGUGGUGAACGAGGUAACAACGACCCGCCAGUUCGCCAUCACUCACGGUGGCGUCCUCGAUACAAGAGACGUCGUCGGCAUCAGAAAAGAGAAGCCAGAAGACCCGAUCACCCUGGUAGUACGUUACCUAUCGAAUGUUGGUAUCCGAAUCAUCGACCUUUUCCGGAUGUUUGAUUCCGACAACGCAGGCGAAGUGAGCAGACGAGAGUUCAUCCGGGGACUUAAGCGUGUGGGAGUGCCACUGUCGGACCGUGACCUGUACAGUGUGGCUCACCGCCUCGACAAACACAGGAAGGGCUACAUCAGCUAUAGCCUUUUGUCCAAUGGCGUGAGAAACCAUAUCCGGGAAGAGCGUAAGGAGGAGACGCGUAAGGAAGUGAAGAAACGGAACCGGCUGGAGGAGCGGCGACGCAUCCUGCAGACGGAACUUCCGGAGAUUUACAAGCGGAAGUACGAUGAUGAUCUGUUUAUGUUCUACGCCUCCUCCACCACGGGCACCCCGACCCGCAGCCGUACCGGAAGUACCGCCAGCCAUACUGGAAGCCAGGUUCCUAUACUACCCCCUAUUCAGUCCGCAACUUCUUCGUUCGCGUCAGCAUUACAGGCGGACACUCGGGUGUUGGAUGAGACGGAAGUUGUGGCGCCAGUCAACGGAAGUUCCGGUAUAGAGACUCCGGCUUCAGUGCACUGGAAACGGACCACGUCCUCAAAAGGCGGUGUGAACAAUUCCUACAAGCUAAUGUGGCAUAUAAACAAAUACCUUGAAAGAAAAAAGACACAAGCAAACUUUGACUUGGUGUCAACUGAUUCAACCGUUUAGCACUGGCAGAUACAUUAACAUGUACGCGUUUGCUCCAAAGCAACGAAUUGUUUAUGUUAUAAUUAUUGGAGUCCUAUGUUACUCAAAUUUUCA